AAGUAACCUUAUAGCUGAAAAUAGGUACUUAACAACUACAACUGAGAACUAGUACAAUUGCAAACAAUGGCUCCCAAAAAAAAUGAGCCCCCACCCCCACCUGCGGAGGAUGAGGGGCCUCCUCCACCGCCAGAAGUUUACACCAAAUGCUUCGAAAUAGAUGGUACUUAGUAGAAGGUUAUACUGUAGAAUGAAGUAGUACCCCCGUACUGUUGACUACAUAAUAUUAUACGAGAAUGAAGUGCAAUUGUAAUAUUGGUUUUUUGCGACAUUCCACUACAUGGAGGUUGACAUAUGUUUCAGGGUCAGGUCACCAGUUUCAUCGCUACAAUACCUUCCAGUUGAAUCAUCACAUACACAUCACAUACACAUCUACGUCUUCUUUCCACCUUCCCUCAUCAAUUACAACCACCCAGGCCAGCUCUACUACGGCGAUGUUAUCGAAAAGGUUCCUGCUGAAGGUGAGGAACCAGGUGAGGGGGUGACGAGCUACGUCCAACACGGGAAGGGAAUGACCAUAUGGUCAAAGAAAUCACGGAGUGGAAGGCAAAUCGUCUUCAAAAAACAUCAAGGUACCCAUUAACAUAGUUGUAGAGAGUGUUUACUCAUUUUAGUUUUAUUCGAAGAACGUUUUAUUCGAAGAAGGGGUCGUGUUUUAUUUGAAGAACAUUUUACCUUUAAGGUCGUGAGGGAACUAAUUCACUGUGGGUCACUGUCAUUCAAAGGAUGAAAGACAACAAUUUUUAAUAAGAAAGUAUGAGUACUAUCUAUUAGUAUUUCAUUCCCACCAGGUGAUUAUCUCGAAAACGAGAUGACGGGGGAAGGAACGAUCGAGUACUAUGACGGUUCAGCGUACAAGGGCCAGCUUGAAUUAAGGCUUGUUCUAUAUUAAGUUGAGCCAUCGUACGUCGUCUUCAGGAGUUUCAAAGAACCCAUCUUUGUUCCCAGAACAACAAAAGAAGCCAAGAAUGGACGGGAAAGGUAGAAAUAGGGUGCUUAAGUGGGAGUUGUCUAUCUCCACCAGAAUGGAAUAUCUCAUCACGUGAUGGAUUUUGUCGUGCAUGGAAACUCUUCUAAUCAAAAAGGGGAAUUUCGAAGGAGAGGGUAUCUACACGUGGCCAAAUAAGAGCUUUUACACAGGACAAUGGCUGGGAAACGAAAUGCACGGAUCAGGGCAAUUUCAAGUGGAUUGGUCUGGUAUAUUGAAGAGGGGUUUUCUAGACUGUUUGUCUUUGAUUCGCGUAGGUAUGACAUUGACAAUUACUGGUCUUGCCUUUGGCAGUUGCUAGUCUAUGGUGGAACAGUAGUUGUUAUGUGUUGGCUUCCUACUGUGAUGUGAAAUUAACGUACGAUCGAAUUCCUCAUAAACAAACAAGAUCAACAGGCAAAUUCCGAGCUGGAGCCUUCCACCGAAAUUGCGUCCAGAAUAUCCGACAGGAUAAAGACGAGAAAAAAUGGGUGGACAUAUUGGAGGAGGUGAAUCAAAUCGAAAUCGAGGAGUUGAGCAAAACAGCUCUACGAAACGAUAUCGCUCUAGACGAAGGCAGCGUUGUGGUGACAUGUAGCACACCAGAGUUAUGAGAAGGUUUUUGGUUGGGGUUGGCUGUUGUUGGAUGUUUGCAUGAUGUUUGCUGGUAGUAGAAAAAACUUCUUAAUAGACCAGAUCAUAAAGAGUUUUGAUCAUGGUACUAGCAGCUAGGAAGUGCUUCGAGAUACACAGUUUGCAUGCCCAUCUUCUAACUCUGGAGCUGCAGAAGUGCAUUCGGACAAUGAUAGACGAACAUAACUUAGUCCCCCUCCUGGUGCCGGAUCAUAGCUUCGGAAGUGGUAAACCUCGUGAUCAUUUCCUGUUGUUAUGAAGUCUCUUUACCUGCUACCCUUACUUUUUCUUCCUAGUUAGCUUGGCUCCACCCGUAAUAUUGACCUUGUUUGCUGGCAGGGGACUAGUACUGUCUAAGACACAAAUGAAUGACUUGUUUCCGAUGGAAAAAGACAACGACACGCUACAGGUAGUUUCUCCCCAAUGGACUGGAUUCACAUGUUAGCGGAGGCGAAGACAGCUGCUUAUGCAGACGAAAGAAAGGCUGCCGAGGAGGCCGCAGAGGCGGCAGACGGAGGCGAGGGAGAAGCAGCGGAGGAAGGAGGUGAAGAAGAAGGGGGUGCGAAAGUUAUGAUUCGCUUUGUUCCCCAACAUAAGUAAUCCUCCUGAGCGAUGAAAGAGUAUCUCAUUCAUUCUGAAUAUAGGUAUGAGCUAAGCCUGCUCUACCUAGAUCAAUUAAAGUGGGAUUCUAGGGUAAUUGGGGAGGCUCGUGAUCGGACAGACAAUGGGUUCAAUGCGUAAGUUCUUGUUGUACUAAAUUCAGCACGAAGGUGUACUAGUGAAGAAGUACUUAGCUUCUAGUUCGUAGGAGUGCAACGAACUCCUAAUUGGACAACCUCUUUCCAACUGAUCAUGUUGGUAAAGAAGUUGGUCCCCCAUAUAAGAUUAAGAAGUCUCGAACUGCAUAAGGUUAAGAAGUCUCCCCAGAUGUUGAUAACAACACCGAGCAGAGGACUACUUACUAUUGCCGCAUACCUUUACAGGUUCACUCAUAUAAAACAUCUAGAAUAAACAAAGCACUAGUCGUUGUUCCCCUUUCAUCUCUGCAGGAGCCUCCCGUCAGAAAGUAGUGCCUUUGUGGCAGACGCCGAUUACGACACUGCAGUCGCGAACAGUGCACGUGGGCCACAUUAGUAAGAUGAAGCGGAGAGGCUACGACCACUCGACGCCGCUUUUUACUGCGCUCCAGACUUCUCUUCUAGCAGAGGAGACUUUUUGUUAGGGACCACAGUGAUGAGAAAGUUACACUCAUCGUCAUCUCAAGCACUGCUCUCUCCGCUGCAGAGCUUAUUACAGGAAAGGGGGGAUGUACAAUGACAAUGAACAUACAACGUUAUAUAGGGGUGCACAACGGCUGAGAAAGAUCGCUCAAGGUCGUUUGGAAUUACAUGGUUAUGUGUACAACAAGUAGGAUGGUGAGUUGAAUUGAUAGAAGGUGACAUUUUUAGAUUCGUUAAAGGAAAAUUUUGGAACUCUCCCAUCUCUAAGGCACUCUAGUUUUCGACCAGUACGACGACGUCAAGCUGCCAAAAGACAACGACAUACCUCUGCCACUGGAAAAACGUAGUUUGUAAGUUUUGAUGUUGUAGUACAUCUAGCCAAAGAUAUUGAUCUUUGUAGUACAGUACUAGCUAUUAUUAUUGGUAUGCAAGUCUAGCAACAUCCGUUCAUUACUUUAGCACGUAUAUACUUGUCACUACAGCCCCAGCCUCACCGAAUCCUGGGGACCCAGCAGAGGACGAAAUAGUUGCGCCGGCGCCAGUUAGUAUCAUGUCACGAGCCUUGGAGUUAGAGAAAGAACGGCAGAAAAUACACAAAGAAAAACCGGCACCUAAAGUUACGAGAAGUCAAGUAGUUUUUAGAAAACUGGGUGAUGGAUUUGUAGAAAAGAAUUCAGUGUAGUUAAUAGCACAUCAUUAUUUUCAUGGCUGGUGCGUCGAACUAAAUCGAAAAAUUUGUAAAUGUAAAUGUCGUAAAAAAAACUCCUCAUAUUAUAUAUACCAAAAAUGUGGCUCUUUCCCUCACUCGCAGAUCCUUCCCACUCCUCUCUCCCCUCACUCCUUCAUACCUUAGUGGCAAUUGAAAGAGUUUUACGAUGAAUGCAGCUUGCCGAUUCGGCUCUUCAACCCGAAGCUAUUCCACAGCAAACAGGGAAAGAUACAUGAGUUGAUCCUAGACUACGCCUUGAGUCGGGAAAAGAAAGUGGGGAAGGUAGAAUUGUUCUUGAUUGAAAUUAUACCAUAUCUCUGUCAAGUAAAAAAAAUCGUAAUCUUUGUUCUUGUGGAAGUAGAUGUGAUCUGGUGUUUCAUCUUCUAAGAAAGAAUACCAAUACUCUUUGGAAGUGGAACAUCUUACUAGAUUGAUAUCCUGAUCUUCUAGUCGUAAGCUGCGAAAGUUCUUCACGAGGCUUCAGUUUCUUUCUCAUAUUCUUUUCUACGGACUUGCUUCUCGACAUAUAUCAAACUACCUAUUACUUACACAGAUCGGCAUCCCCCCACGACCGGAGGGCGAGGCGGCACCGCCAGAGGGCGAAGAAGGCGAUCCGGGUUCCGUUGUCGGCCUCGAUAUUCAUGGUGACGUCGUCGACGAAAACGUCUUUUACCGAUUAGACUUCGUUUAUGGCAUAGGAGCGCUACCUCCUUUAGUAAACAAGAGAUCUGGUUUAGUAGAUGUAGACAUGAAGAUAAGAUUAAGGUAGAUGAAGAGGAGUUGGAGUCUAGGCAAGCUGCCGAAUAGAUCCGAGUCAUGAGUUUUAGAGGAAUUGGAAUUACUGGCGUUACAGUAAGAGUACUACUAGUUGAGGAACUAGUAGGUCCUAGAGGUAAGGAUUCUGAACUCAUCAUUCAAAUGUAGUAGAAGAUUAAGGUUUUUUUGCACUUAAGUUUUGAUUGUUUGAUCCUCCACUGACGAGAAUUUUGAGCCUCCUACUUUCUCUAAUGCCCACUCGUCGUUGACCAGCCAGUGGUGAUCCGCUACGAAGAGACCAGAGAGGUUGAUGUGCACACGCAACUGGCAGAGCGUUUCGGUGAGCACUUCCCACUCCAUAGAUGCGGUGUGGUGUGUUGUACUAUGGGAAAGUGAAACCACGUCGCAUUAUGGUAAAUAAUGCAUAGAUAUGAGAACAAAGGCUACUAUGAUUUUCCUAACUACUAGGACCAUGUUGAUUUUCAGAACUCUUUGUGAUGAAGAUGAAUUCGAGUCUAGAUGAUUUUUAGAACAAGAUCUGCUGAUAUUACGUAGACAGUAUCAUGGAGCUGAACUUGUGGAAGUUGACAUAAUGGAUAAAAACAAUAUUCACAACCUAAACAAAUCAGACCUGUCCUUGUGAGACAUUGCUUUCCUCGUUUUUUUUGUAAGUGCUUGUGGUCCCACCAGGUGUGGAGGCUCAGCGGCGGCAUCCUAUCCUAUCCUAUCCAUCGACGAAUGAAUAAUGUGUCUGAUGGAUUUUUCUAGUCACAGAGAUCGAAAAGAGAAGGAACCGGAACACGCCUUCCUCAGAGGACAACAAGGUGGAAGAACAAAUACAAGAUGAGGUCAGAAGGGAAUUCAAUACAGUGACUGCCGAAUUUGAUUUGAG